AUGUCACAUGAAAACGAAGUACCAAUAGUGAAUCACGAUGGUAGUUUUGAUCAAGUAGCAUUGGAUACAUACAUACUAAAGUCUGAUCGAUCGGUCACAGUAGGUGCAUCUGUUGGAAGAAAAACAUCGCUCUGGACCAUUUUUUUAAUUGUUGCUGUUACUUUACUCUGUCCAACAAUUGUCAUUCCUACGACUGCUAUUUCCACAAGAAGUUUACGGACAACGACAGCUAUGCUAGCCGAACAUUGUGUUUCGUCGUUUCGUGUCAUGAGCUACAAUAUUCGAUUAGACUUGGUUCAGGACGGUCAAAAUCAAUGGAAUCUUCGCAAAGAUCGUCUAACUAGUCUCAUCCGUUAUCACAAACCUGAUCUUUUCGGUGUUCAAGAAGCUUUGCCUCAUCAAGUGGUAGACUUAAAGAUGGCGUUGCCUGUCUUUGAUUGGUAUGGUGUAGGUCGUGACGAUGUACAUGAACGACAAGCAUAA